ACUUAGACAUGGCUUCGCAGUUCGCUUCACGCCCUUUCGCCACAUUUUUGCUGGUUUGCCUCUUGGUUGAUUUCACUUCAUCAUUUAUUCUGCCAAAUCUAUUAGGCAGUAUUAUCAGUGUAAAUUUUUCACUCAUGAGACCACCAUUCGCUUCGGUUGUUGGUAGUCGGCCAAGCCCAGCUUCGCCCACAGUUUAUCUCAUUUUAUCACCUGUUGAUGUGGAGUCUGCGACUACGACUACGACUCAAGCUACUCCAACCGUUCCUCUAGAAACGACUACAAUCAGCGCUCCAGAAUUAUCCCCUACGAUUGCUACUACACCUGUGCUGGAGCUUCAAGCUGGCAUGACGAAUGCACCUGAACCUCCGGGUGGUGUAAAUGGGGAGUCUAUCGAAAGCCCGCCUGCAAACGCAGCAUAAGAAGCAAAAAGAAGCAAAUACACUUCCUGAAGCAUAGUAUCAACAGUCUACGAUACUUAGCAGCUAACACGUGAUAUACUCUGAUAUCGCAGACUUACUUAACAUUUACAAAUUAAGUUUUGGUGCAUCAAACCCACAUAAUUAAGUUAAUGAACAAGAAAUUCCUCAAAAG